CUAAACGUUCAAUCUUCCAACUCCUCCUCCGCGCGCGCUAGCUGGGUGCAAGAAUGUGCAUGGGUUGGGAGGAAGCUUCACUGAAGUCUUCGUUCCUGAUUCCCCGCACGCAUGUGGCCUACCCACAGGCGUAAUCAAUCAUCAGGCGUAUGCAGCCAUACGGUGCAGAGUGAGAGGCGCUGCUGCUGCAUUCAUUAUUAUUGUUGGGAUCGAUGGAUGCUGACAUGUCAGCACCUGCUGCUGCUGGCAGCGCAUUUAGGGAGCACGACAGCGGCCAGCAGCCGCAGCAGCCACCACAGGCGGUACAACCGCUGCCGCAACAGCAGCAACAGGCGAUUGGAUGGACCAGCGGCAGGGACGAAGCAGCGGCGGCGGCGUUAGCAGCUUCUGCAGUGCGGGGUCACGGCGAGCCGGGUGAUCAUCAAUUGCAACGGCUGCAAGCGCAAGAGCAGCAGCUAGCAGCAGCGGACCUUCAAUCUGGCGGGCCACCGUUUCUGCCACAGCAGCUAGGAGAAACCAGCAACGACCAGAUUACGAGUCAGCAAAUAAUGAGCCCUGCUGACCUUCUGCUGUUUGAAGCGGAGCUCGAUGCCGCAGAGCAGCAGCACGAGGCCGCCGCGCUGGCUGCUACCAUGAUGAGCACCACACCAGCAGGCGCAGGCGGCCCCGCCGUCGCAGCAGCAGCAGCAGCAGCGGAUGAGCCAUCGGGGCUUCGAGGCGGACGACAGCGAGCUUCUGCAUUAUUUACAUUAUUACGCGGAGGUGUGGAGGCCCGCAGCAGCUCUAGAACAGGUGGCGGCGUCACGGCGGGAGGCGUUGCUCCUGUGGCUGAACCUGCUGAACCUGCUGCGUCUGCUGCUGCAAACAACAGCAGGCUCGCGCAGCAGCCGUCCAUGACAGCGCGCUUUGUGUUGGCGAAUGCAGAGGCCAUGCCUGCCACUGGCCGUGCACGGCAACAGCCACAACAGCAGCUACAAAAGCCGCAACAGCCGCCGCAGCAGGCCCAAGCCAUGAACACAAGCGCCAGCAGCGCAGGCGAUGGCGGCGGUGGUGGAGCGGGGACGUCAGUCGUUCCGGGCCGUGGUCAUGGGCGUCCGCCGCACUUCGGCGGCCGGUUGCAAUGGACGUCUUUGGAGGAGGGCCUGCUGCAGCAGCCGCACUACCAGCAGCAGCCACGGCCUGUGCAGCGCCUUGAACACAUUGACGCAAACGCCAUCCUGCAGGCCGCAGAAGAGAUCGACCCGGAGCACCUGGAGCGGCGCGGCCGGCAUAGCGGCCUGGUGUGUGCGGUCAAAGGCUGCGAAAAGUUCGCACGGAUGACUGACACCGGGCUUCGCAGAUUCUGCAUCGCCCACAUGCGCAUGUUUGGGCUCAACCCCAGACACUACUACUCACAGCCACCGCAGCAGCAGCCGCAACAGCCUCAUCAUCAGGCGCAACAGCAGCAGCCACAGCAGCAGCAGCACAUGCCGCAGCAAGCCCCACAUCAGCUUAGUCAACAGCUGCCGCGGCAACCACACGGCAUGCCCUUGCAGCACCAGCAGCAGAGUGGAAGCACCGGCGGUGGGCAGCAGCACAAGCCUGGCAGCAGCGGCGGCACGCUCCAGCAGCAUCACCAGCUGCAGCAGCUGGUGUCACGGACGAGCGUCUGUAGCGGUGAAAGCCCUAACAGCAGCGGCGGCGGCGGCACCGCUGCCGGUGCCUUGCCUUCAACAGGCGGCGGCGGCAGCGGCGGCGGCGGACUAGGUGCACCACUGCUGCUGCGCGGCGGCCAGCAGCAAUACGUUUCCCGGCAGCACCCGGGCGUAAUAGUCAACAUUGCGGAUGCGCUAGCAGCUCCUACGGCAGCGCUUGAGCAGCAGCAGCUACGGUAUCAGCCGCGGCCGCAGCAGCAGGUGGCGUCGCCGUCAUGUCCGGCAGCCACACCGCCUGCUGGUGCAGCGACACGGCCGCCAAAAGGGCGAACUGCACUGGGCAGCAGUGGUGCAGGGGCGGCGGCUGCCGUGUUGGCGCAGCCUGAGGAACCACUGGCGGCACGGGAGGCGCGGGUGCUGGCCGCAGCGAUCAGCAGCGGCAUGACGGAGGGAGGUGUUGAUGGCGGCGGCAUGGGAUACAAGGAUCUGCUGCCGGCAGAGGCGGCCGCGGCCUUGAUGAGGUACAACGUGGACGAGCUAAACUUAGCCGCGGUGGAACAGCUGCGCUAUGCAGCAGGGGCAGCCGGGGGCGGCAACGGCAGCGCAGCCGCGGAAGCAGGCGCAACAGCUGGCGUUUGGGGCCUAGCACCCCGGCAAAGUAGCAGCAGCGCUCAGCACCUGUCAUUGCUGCUUCAACCAGCGAAUCAGGCGGCAGCCUUUGGAAGCGGUGCCGGCGGCGUAGAUGCUAUUCAAUUCGGCGGCGGCGGCGGUGGAUUGAGGAGCACGCGUACAUUUGCCACCGGACCUGCGGUGAUGGCGGCACAUGGCGGAUUCGGUGCAGCUUCAGCAUCCGCAGAGGACGCUCUCUAUGCGGCGGCGGCGGCGGCGGCGGCGGCGGCGGCAGCAGCAGCUGCAGAGGUGGGGCCUGCGAGCUUGGGGCCGCCGCCGCUGCUGCCGCCGCCCCUGCGGCGGCAGGAGCGGCAGCAGCAGCAGCGGCAGCGGCACAGUAGCAGCGGAAGUGGUCGCUUCGCCCAGAUGGGCGUCGGUGAGAUGGUCAAACUCCUGGGACCCGCUGGUGCUGCUGGGACCAUUAGUUCUGGUGGCGGCGACAGCAGCCGCAGCCGGUCUGCGGAGCUAGGGCCGCCCCUGGGCCUGCCGCAUGGCAGCGGCGGCAUGGGCGUGGGCGUGGAUGACGACAGCCAUUGCCCGCCGCUAGAUCUGACGUGGCUAGACUCGCCUGCUGCUGCCGGUGCCGGCGGCAGCAGCGGCGGCAGGGCCGCUGCAGGUGCUGAAGCAGACGUGGCGGCGGCCAUGUCUGUUCGCAACAGUAGCGGCGAUGGUCGUGCCGCAACGGGGGCGGCGGCGGCCCUGUUGCUGUCAGGUGGCGGGCUGGCACAUUCCCCGGCGGGGGGCCAACAGCAGCAGAGAAGGAUUCCUGGAGCGAUGACGUUGGAUGAGGCUGAGAUGCUGCUUUUGGAGCGAGCGCUGGCGGUGGCUGCGGGCGGUACUUUGCACGCUCCAUCUCAAGCGCAGCGACAGCAACAGGGGCAGGGGCAGCAGCAGGAAGCGGCUGGCGUGGGAGUUGCUGCGCAUGCGGCUUGCUACGGCUUGGGUGGUGAGGCUACUGCUGCGACCUUGGGGCUGCUGCCAUACGAUGGUGGUGCCUAUGCAACGUCAGCAGCCGCCACCGCCCGCGAGGUACGUACGGAGCGCCUGCGCUCGCAAGGAAGCGGUAGCCAUUAUCAUCAGCAGCGGCAGCAGCAGCAGCAGCAGCAACAGCAACAACUGCUGAGCAACCUCAUUGGCCUGGAUGGCACUGUGCGUCUCGGAGUCACGUCAUCAACAGCUGGAAGAGCCGCAGGGGCUCCCGACAAAGGCGGCGGGGUCGCCGGCUCUUCGCCACCGGCCGCAACCGCGGGCCGGCAUGAUGCGCGCGCGGUCAUUGUUUUGGGUGGCGGACGCGACGACAGGGCCCGCACCAACAGUGCUAGUGGCAGCGGCGCACGCAGCAGCAGCGGCAGAGGAGGCAGCAGCGGCAGCGCACGCGGCGCGGCCGCAGCAGCACCAGCUGCUGCUGACUUGUCAAGCCACGGCGCGUCACACCAACCUCCCUCUCCACUGCUGCUGCUAUCACAGCCACACCGCAUGGGGCCGGGUGGGGCAUUCCCAUUAGCAGCGGCACCAGCAGCUCGGGAGGAUGAGGCAGACAGCGGCGAGAGCGGCGACGGUGACGGCGGCUUAGACGGCAGCGGACGGAUGGGCGCUGUGCCGCUCCUGCUGAUAGCAGAUGCAACUGGCAGCAUGGACGCCGGUGCUGUGCCUGCUAACACUCGCUCGUUAGCUGGAGGCCAGGCGGUGGCUGGCGCUGGUGCCGAGGCUGCGGCUGCUGCUGCGCUCACCACUGUGCUUAGCGGUGGUUGUAAUGACGCUGCGAUUCUUGGGCGCCCACAGCAAUCGCAGCAGCACUAUUGGGGCGCGCCCCGCGACCCCCGUAAGCCGGCACGGCGACAGCACCAGCUGACACCCGCUGACACUACAGCCAGCCACCAACAACAGCACCAGCAGCUGCAGCAGCAGCAGCAGCAGCAGCAGACUCCUCAUCAGCAGCAAUGGAAGCGGCCGCGCGUUGAUGCAGAUGCCGCCUCUGCCGCUGCUGCUGCUGCGUUGGGCGGGAGCACUGCUGCGGGCGCUGGCGCUGGCGCUGCUGUCAGGUGUGUGGCUGGUGCAGCGCUGUCGCCGCAGGGGAUUUUGCAAUGGGAGGAGCCUGUGGAAGCGCUGUCUGCGCGGCUGGCGCCUAUGGGACUUCGCCUGGUGCCGCUCACACCAGAGCAGGUGCAGGUGCUGUCAGCCCAGGGCGUCAUCUCAAACAGCAGCAGCACCCGAACACCCCAGUCGGAGCUGCCGGGCCGCGCCGGCGGCAUGGCGGCACCGGCGGCUACGGGUUCAGAGGUGGCACGGCAACAGCAACAGCCGGCGGAUUACCAGCACGGGUCCCCACGGCAGCAGCCACCACACCCUUCACACCCGCAAGCCGUGGUGGUGCAGCAGAGGCGGCGCCGGCGUGAAGAUGAGGGCAUCUAUGGCGAUGAGUGUGCACAGGACAGCGGCGGGGCGUCGUACCUGGCCGUUGCGGCCGCCGCCGAAUUCGGCUUCGAAGCGGCGCGCUUAGCGUCCCCGCCGCCAGCAGCAGUGCGCGCUCGACUGACCGUCGCCGUGCCGCUGCAGUCGGCUGAUGAACAUGCCCCAACUGCCGUGGGCGCUCAGCAACAGCCACAGCUGCUACGGCAGCAACAGCAGCAGCAGCAUGGCCCUGCCGCGGCCGAAGGCGGCAUUGAUGACGGCGUAGAGAUUGUGGAGCCGCCGCCGGCUGCAACUAUCGCCAUGCCAGCAGGUGCUGCGGCAACAGCAGAGGCAGCAGGAGUGGCAGCUGCUGCUGCAGCACAACGCAACGAACAGUUUGUAAUACCGCCGCCACUGCAACCGCUGUUGACAAUGCCGACUCAUAGCAGCAUAGCCCCCCGGCUCCUGCUACGCCAGCAGUCGCAGCAGCCGCAGCAGCCGCGGAGGCCUGUGCUGGGCGGUGCCGAGGCAGCGGCCGCGAUGAUGCAGCGGGGCAUGCCGCCGCUAUCAGCUUGGCCGGCAAGAGCAGGUGCAGCAGCGGCAGGGGCGCCCGAAGCCGCCGCCCACGCGCCCACACCUGCUGCUGGAAGUGGCAGCCGCAGCGGCACCCCAGCUGCUGGCAUGCGCACAGCUGCAGCAGAAGCUGCUGCGGGUGAUGACAGGGGCGACGGCGAUGAUGACCGAUUGGCGCUGCGGAUAGUUGAUGUUGACAUUUCCUUGAUGCCAGCUGUCAUUACCCUGAUCCGUACGGCAGGGCUCCUGGGAGGUACGCCGCCCGUCAUCCUGAUCCAGCUGCCUUCCACAGCAGCGCCAUCAGCAGCUGCCAGUGGCGGUGGCGGUGGCGGUGAUGAUGGCGAUGCCAUUGGCGGCGGCGCAGGGGGCGGCAGCCGAGCGCGGCAGCCGCCACCAGUGCUGAUCCCUGCGCCGCCACCGCCUGGCGUGGUCCGCACAUUGUACCAGCAGCCCGACGGACGCAUCCUGGUGGGCAGGGAGACACCCAUGGUAUCGUCGUCGGCGGCUGCUGGGGCAGCAGCAGGGGCGGCUGCGGUGGCAGGGCGCGGUGGCAGUGGUGGCGGCGGCGGGCCGCGAGGAGCCACGCCGGCGGCGCAUGCAUCCGCGGCAGCAGAGAUGGGCAUUCACGCACAGACCCAGGCAGAGCUGGAGCGGGCCUGCAUCGGGUCGCUGCGAGAGAUCAUUGCGGCACACCCGGCAUCCACUGCUGCCGCUGCAACUGCUGCUGCGGCAGCGACGGCACCAGCGGGUGAUGCAACGCUGGCAGGAGUGGCGGCACCCGACCCCCUCGUUAUGCACGUGCAUGAAAGUCUACUGGCUCGGCCAUCGGCGGGAUGUGUGCAGCAGCCGCAAUCGCCGCAGCAGCCGAAGCAGCCGCGCGCAGAAGACGGCGGCUAGCAUAUUAAAUUCGAUACUGCGGCUGCUGCAUAUGCUAUAAGCACGGAAGCGGCUGUGCUACCUAGGCAGCCAGCGCCGCCGCCCCAUUUGUCUGCUGUUGCGACUGCUGCUGUAGCAACAACGAAGCCGCGACCAGGCAUCGGUGUCGCCACAGAGGACGCCGGCGUGGUAGAUGUGGUCACGCCGGCAGCGGCUGAGGGGCAGGGGCUGGCGCAGCAGCGAUCAGCAGGCACCGCCCCUGCCCCCGGUGGGGCUGCGUGCCGCAGGUGCCGCCGCUGGCACUACUGCUGCUUACUAGCGGUAGAUAGAUAGCUGGAAGCCGGCGUACGUACGUACCUGCGGCGGCGGCCGAGCCUCCUGCUGCAGGGGUAAGGGACCUGUCCGCAGCAGUGUGUGGGUGGGGGAGCGGCAUCAAGGUAGCUACGGGCUUCUUUCUUGGCGGAGCAGCGGCCAGCGCUGCGGCGCACAUUGCAGGCAGGCAGACUGGAACUCGAAUGGCGAUGCGGCUGCUCCUUACCGUAGAAGUAUUACGGUCAAAAGCGCCAGCGCUAAUAACUGCAGUCCAGCAGCCAGUCCCGGCGCGUGCAUACCGCAGCGGCUGUGAUGACGGGGCUGCUGAUGAUGCGCAUGCAUGGUAACGCCCAUUUUGGCAAUAACCAUGCUUGCACGUAUGUGCACAUACCAAUGCCCUACACCUGUUUGCAUUACGUGGCAGGAGGGAGGCAGGGUAGAACGGGCAUACCAUCUAGCUUGUUAGCUGCAUUCAUGCAUUUGAACUAUCAUAUGAUACGGUAUGUAAGGAACCCCGUGGGGGCAGGCGAGGAGGCGGGCUUUGCUGGGCAUACGGAGCCCGGAACCUCAACGCUCCCACAAACCUUGUGUACCGGUUGGGGCCAGCCACCAAGUAUCAUCAAAGCAAGUAGUGUGAUGCUGUGGCAAACGGGUGACCAUGUACGGUAUGCUUGCAGGGUGUCAUUACUCUUUGGUGGUUAAUUGUCAUGCUGCUGAUAAUUGCUUCUUGCAGUUUAAACUCAAGCAAAGCUCGCAGACUGCUGGACACUGCUGAUGUUCAUAGUAGGCAUAGGCUGUCGCAUACUGCUGGAAGGUCAGUAAUGCGCGGCACGGGCCAUGCGCAUGUGACGUUGCUAGGGUCAGGUCCUGCACGCACGCAACCGCGUGGGGAUGGGUCACUGAUGCCUGAUCUCUUCAUUUAAAGCCCGCAAGCAGCUAGAGGGGCUCAAAGCUAUCUAUCGGCCUUUAGUGUGUGCUUGCGCCAUGUAUGCCAAGAACUCGUACUGCUGCAAGCCAGUGGACUCGUCCUGCUGAGUGGAGGAGCAAAUAGUGAAGUAGUGAUGCAAGUGGUAUGUGUGCUGUCCUGCUAUGGCCGAUGAUGAGCGGAGGCUCCGGCCGCCUUAUUAAUUACAUGCAUGUAUGGGUUCUUUGGCGUAAGGUGUCCACACAGGUAUCGGGCAACGCCCCCUUACGAUGAGCAAGGGCACAGUGGCAUACAUGACAAAGGAGUCGGGAAUGAAUGGGUGCGCAUAUGUAGCGCCUCAAGCAGGAAUGGUGCCUGCACUCCAACCAGCACCGGUGUGCGAUGGGACAGUGUUAAGGCAGGUUGGUGAAGUCCCGUAGGGUGCUGCUGUUUCCCAGACCCCAGCAGAUGGCAAACAAUUUGCAACGGCAGUGCAUGAGCGCGCGACUGGUCGAACGCCGGAGGCCCUGUACCGACAAGUUGCUGGCUGGCUGGAAGUUUGCUGACGCGCAUUCCUCACGCUCCGGGCGCCCGGCCAGCACAGGGUUGCACAAUCUAUCUGUGAUGGUAUGUGAGUGUUCUUCUCGGUUACGCACCAUAUGCUGUGACAGCAAGGCCGCCGUACCUUUACGGUGGCCGUGCUAGUUAUGAGCAUCAAGCCGUAAGAUUUGGGUUUAUGAGCAAAGUUAGUGUACGCAUCGGAUAACCGGAUGCACAUGUGUGUGUGGGCGUAAGGGGUCAUUGGAGAGCGGGGGACGCGGGGACGCAAUCGCGCAAAGAGAAACGGUUUGCGUUGCGGCCAAUGUCCGUAUGUGCAACCUGUGCAAGGGGCCCUGGUAAAUCCUGAAGGUGAGGCGGCGGCCGCCCGUUUACGCGUCAGUGCGUCACGCACGGCAGUGACGCAUGCAAGGAAGCAGCGCACCAGGACUGGCAAUCUGCCAUCUAGAGCGAGGUGUCGCUGCGGGGGGCAGGCUCAGGGCCGUUGCAGGCCCGGGUGGGGUUCCUGGGGUCACAAGCAAGGGUAAAGGGGUGGGGGGGCGGGGGGUUGGUGAGCGAGGAGACAGGCGAGGCGGCUGGUACGUGCCAAAGCAUGAACCGCCAAAAGGACUA